AUCGUGGCUUCCUUGCUCGAUUCCAACGACGACAAGAAAGCGGAACCGCAAGCGCAACCUGGAAAGACCCGCAUCCUCGACGGCAACCACCCCCCCGGUCCCCUUCAUUACUCGCUUACUGCACCCCCCUCCAAGUCCCCUCCAACACUCUCGCAUCGACAAGUCACAACACCACUUCACCUCACAAGCCCAAAGCAACGACCAUCCAUCUCAACGUGGUUUACGCUACACUUCACUACCUACACCAGACCACGCUACUGUCUAUGUGACCACGGAUACCAAUCUUGUCAGAUCGCAGAUCCCUCCGUGCCCCGGGAGCCGCCUGGUUUGGUCUCACCUCGCUCGGCGCCGCCUGCUGCCACUCCCGAGACGAAUACGCCGCUUCUGUUGCGACGUUCUGCUCCUUCGUCGCCCUUUCUUUCUGUCUAA